CUCUAAAUGGACAGAUUAGUCUAAAAUUGUUUGGUAAAUCCAAAUAGAAAAGCAAUAGAAAUAGAAGUAGAAUGUAGCCAUGUAGGUGAUGUCAUGGUGUUCUCCUUCGUCACCAUUACUCCAUUACCAUCACGUAUUGGGUUAGAACUAAAAGUAGGACACCCAUUUUCUAAACCAUCAAAGCUCAUCUGCUGUACUCCAAUGGCUUCCGCUAACCCCUUUGGCUUUUUAAGCCAGCAAUCCUAUGAUCCUCCGCCAUGGGGGUCUCAUCUUUCCCCAAUUCCUUCUCAUACUUUCUCUCUUGGUCAUCUUCCUACUCCAAUUCACAAGUGGAAUCUCCCUAAUUUACCGCUCAAUACCGAAGUUUGGUUGAAGCGUGAUGAUCUCUCCGGUAUGCAGUUGAGUGGUAACAAGGUGCGAAAGCUGGAAUUUUUGAUGGCGGAUGCUGUAAAACAGGGUGCAGAUUGUAUUGUAACAAUCGGUGGGAUCCAGAGUAACCACUGCCGUGCAACUGCAGUGGCAGCAAAGUAUCUAAAUCUUGAUUGUUAUCUUAUUCUACGUACCUCCAAGGCUCUUUUGGACAAGGAUCCUGGAUUAACCGGAAAUCUGUUGGUUGAGCGCUUGGUUGGAGCUCAUGUUGAGCUUGUGUCGAAAGAAGAAUAUGCAAAAAUUGGAAGUGUGGCUUUGACGAAUGUCCUGAAAGAAAAGCUAAUAAGUCAAGGAAGAAAACCAUAUGUUAUUCCUGUUGGUGGUUCAAACUCUCUGGGAACCUGGGGUUAUAUUGAGGCGAUCAGGGAGAUAGAGCAGCAGCUUCAUAUGGUUGCAGACUCAAGAAAAUUUGAUGACAUUGUUGUAGCAUGUGGCAGUGGAGGUACAAUCGCUGGCUUGUCAUUGGGGUCGUUCCUGAGUAAUUUGAAGGCAAAGGUUCAUGCAUUUUCAGUUUGUGAUGACCCAAAUUAUUUCUAUGGCUUUACUCAAGGCCUCCUUGAUGGACUUGAGGCUGGAAUCAGCUCCCGUGACAUAGUGAACAUUCAAAAUGCCAAAGGUCUGGGAUAUGCAAUCAACACACAAGAGGAGCUCAAAUUUGUCAAGGACAUUGCUUCAGCUACAGGUGUUGUUCUUGAUCCAGUCUACAGCGGAAAAGCAGCUUACGGAUUAAUGAAAGAUAUCACUGAAAACCCAGAGAAGUGGCAAGGAAGAAAGAUAUUGUUUAUACAUACAGGAGGCCUCCUUGGCCUGUUUGACAAGACUAAUGAGUUGGGGACGAUGGUUGGAAAUUGGAAACAAAUGGAGCUCCAAGAGUCCGUACCCCGCCAAGAUGGUGUGGGAAAGAUGUUUUGAAGCAAUUUCAUUGUUUUAUAUGACAGUCGAAUAUCAUUUUUCAAUAUUGGUGCAUAAAGUAAGUUGGAUUAAAGUACAGCUCUUGAAUUGAUUUGCUUAUGUAUAUGAUCCUUUCCAGAAUCUGGACAUUGACACGC